AUGGAUAAUAUAACUAAAAAUCAAAAACAACAACUUAAGAAUUUGCCACCUUUACUUCCAAAAUAUCAGCAGGCAAAUAUUUUUAAAAAACGUGAAAAUGUAGAAUUUUCAAAAUUAUAUAAUAACGAUAAUAUGGAUUUAUUUUCAAGAAAUUAUCUUCCUUCUAAAAAUCUGAAAUCAUCUAAAUGUGACGAUUCUGAAAUUACUUUACUUAUUGCAUAUAUUCAGGAUAAUGUUUCAACAUGGUUUAGAAAUAAAAGAGAAUUAAUACGUCAAUAUAAUAAAACGCGUGAAACAACAAGUCCAAGUUUUGUAUCUGAUGGAUCAAUAAUCGAUAUUGAAUCUAUGAAACAAGAAAAACAAGUUAUUGAAUCUAAAAACAAAAGAUCUAAAACUUCAACUAACUCUAUUAGAGAUGCUAUUUUAGCAAUGAGUUUGGAAAGAGCUAAUCAAGAAUUAGCAAUUAAAAAGAAUAAAUUAGAAAUUGAAAAAUUAAAAGCACAAACAGAAGUUGAAAAACUUAAAGUUCAAUUAGAACAUGAAAGACAAUUAAAAGAAAUGGAAUUUAAAUAUAAUAAUAAACAAUAA